AUGUCCGAACUGAAGCAAAAAGGAGAGCUGCUGCCUGAAGAUGUUGGUUCAGAUGACUGCCUAUCUUCCUACACGUACACCUACAGUCCAGAUUUACUGAAGUAGGCAUGAAAGUUUCUGACUCUCCCAUGUCCUGUUGUGAUUGUAUUGCUUAACUGUUGCCAUGCUAGUUGGCAAAGUCGCUACCAUGAGGUAAACUUUGACGGUUUGCAUCUUAUUUUCAGAGAUCAGGUUGCUUUUGUCACAGGCGGUGGAUCUGGGAUUGGACUCAGGAUAACUGAAAUCCUUAUGAGGUGAGAGUAUGACCUGCUGUCAUAGUUAUUCCAGUCUUACAUUCACAGACAUCAUUAUUAAAUACAUUUUUAAAUGAUAUAUCUGUAAAAUACAGAACUCAGUGCUAUGUUAUCACAAUGUUAGUGCUAUAUUUGCAAGAGAGAUAGUAUGGAGGUGAACUUUAAACUCUCUUGUGUUAUCUCACAGUCACUUUCAUCACAUUGCUUGGGUGACAAAGUUGAAAAAGUUCAAUAAUUUACUAAUUUGGCAUUUUUUUAAAUCCAAUUUUGCAGUCAAUUCCCCAUAGUUAUCUUAAAAUGUGAAACCCCUUGUUCACUUUCUCUUAUUUCUGCUCCUCUGCUCUGUGAUUUUCAUCACAAAUGACUCUCUCUGUAUCCCUAUCAUUCUUAUUUAAACAAGAGUUGUAUUUACUAACAUUUUUCUUACUCCUUUCUUUCAGACAUGGCUGUGACACAGUGAUUGCAAGCAGGAAUUUAGACAAGCUGAAAGAGGUUGUUUUUCUCAUAAUCUGUCAUAUUUACAGUCAGCCCUUACAUAACAAACACAAUAUUUCUGCAUUAUUUACAAUGUUUUUUGUCCUUCCUAGGCAGCGAAUAAGCUAUCUGUUGCAACAGGACGCCGUUGCCUUCCUUUGUGUAUAGAUGUGAGACAGCCUGAGAGCAUUACAGCAGCUGUAGAGGAGACGCUGAAAGAGCUGGGCCGCAUAGACAUACUUAUCAACAGUAUGUGUCCAAUUAAAAACAAGCCUAUUUAACAUGUGUUUGUGCUCAUCUUUGCUAAGUUUUUGAGUGGAGCUAAGAUGAGCACAGUCUUUCACUUUUAAACUGUUUUAUUACACGAGACAUCCAACUAACAUUGUCAUGUAUGCAUGUAUGCAUGUAUGUACCUUUGGCAGGUGAAUACGCACAAAUGCACUUAAAAACAAAGGUCAUGUGUGAUUGGUUUUGGUUUAAUUUUUAACUACAGCAUUGUUUUUUAUCUUUUAUCUUUGCACCCAAGUCUGUUUUCGAGACUGUUGCAUAAUUACAACAUCAUUACUGUAGUUAUCAGAUUUCAUGCAGAUUAUGAAUUCAUUUGUAGGCUUUGUGAUGCUUUUUCAGACUCUUUAAGUCUUCAUCAUAGAUCCAACAUUUUGCCUUUGAUUAAGUCUGAGUGGUUUUUUAACAGAUGCUGCUGGAAACUUUCUCUGCCCGGCAACCUCACUCUCCUUCAACGCCUUCAAGACAGUAAUGGAGAUAGACACCAUGGGUACAUUCAACACUAGCAAAGUGGUUUAUGAGAAGUGGUUCCAGGUACAUUUUGUCGUUUAUCCUUUUAUUACAUAAGAAUGAUGCUUUUAACAACGUGUCACAAAACUAAUACUGAUGAUGAAAUGUUGAAUAUCCAUCAGUGUGUCUAAUUAACAUUCAUUAUUUGCAGUUUGCUCUUAUUACCACUGGAGGACAGUAAACAUUACAGAAUUACCUAAUGUUUUGUUUGAAAAAGCUAUGUCUUCUUGUGCCUUAUUUUCUGAUUGCUUUGAUUUUGAGUCUCUGUCAUUUUUCUUGUGCAGAAUCACGGCGGUAACAUAGUCAACAUAUCUGCAACACUUGGUUACAAGGGGCAGGCUCUCCAGGUGCAUGCUGGCUCCGCCAAGGCUGCAAACGGUAAGAGUUUGUUGUUUUGUUUUUUCUAAAUGUAGUCCCAAUAAUAAAAAAAGUAUGUUCCUAUUCAUUUUUGUCUAUUUCCAUUCUUAGAUGCAAUGACAAAACACCUUGCUGUGGAGUGGGGGCCCAGUAGAGUGAGAGUCAACACUGUGGCUCCAGGUCCUAUCUCUGGCACUGAGGGUUUCCGUAGGCUGGGUAAGUUUGAACACUAAUUUGACAAAUUAUCGUAUUUCUAAGGAAUAUGUUUUAGCUUGAUAAUGCACAGCGGGGCCAAUGUCAGCAUAUGUAAGCAUGAAGUAAUGGGGAAAAAAUGUGUGUGCAGCACAGUGUUGAAUUAGCAUGAGAAACAGUAGGGUAAAAGUUAUAAGAAGGCUGGGGAAACACUUCCCUUUAACAUUAGUACAUGUAGAAGUGUUUUUCUUUCGAAGCUCACUCAGCAUUAUUUUAAUAUCCAAUCUUGACCCUGGUGCUCUCAUUUGCUUUUGUAGGUCACAAAGAGGACUGAGUUAAAAUUUCACCUUGUUUCAUGAUCAGUUAAAAAGUCCUCAGAGGAGCUUUAAGUAAAAGUGGAAGACCAGAUUUGUAAUAUCUUAAAGGUAUUAACAAAAUACAAAACUAUCUCUAGAGAAAUGUUGUUGUUUUCCUUUUCUAAGGUGGUCCCAGAGGGGAAGCUGCUGGUGCUUUCCAGUCCAUUCCUUUGCAGCGAGCAGGCAAUAAGACAGAGAUGGCCCACUGCGUCCUUUUCUUGGUCAGCAGAGCCUCCUCCUACGUGACUGGAGCCAUCCUGGUAGCUGAUGGCGGGUCAUGGCUGACCUCAGCCAAUGACGUCUCCAUGCUGUUGGGUAUUGCCUCCUCUAAAUCUAAACUCUGAACAGGGGCUCUCCUGUCCUCCUCCUGACCAAGGUGUGUAGGAGGAGGUCCAGUUUGAGGUCCAUUGUUGCAUUAUCUCUUCUCUAAGCUGUACAGUUAAAGUUAAUCUGACUGUUUGAAUGUCAGGGGAACAAAAUAAACCAUAGUAAUUCAUGUGUUUCUUUUAUUUUCUUUCAGGUUAUUGGUCAGCUGAAAAGAAAAGAGACAAGUAA